AGCAUAAGUCCCAGAAGACUGUCAGAUUUCCUCCCUUUCCCUCUCUCGAGCGCAGCAGAGCAGAGCAACGAGCUUCCGUCCCUCAGAGUCUCCCGCUUGCCGCGUUACUUGCAACCAUGGCUGAACAGACCGAGCGCGCCUUUUUGAAGCAGCCGAAGGUCUUCUUGAGCACCAAGAGCCUACUCAAGGCCAAGGCACCUGGAAAGGCCGGAAGCCGAUUUUGGAAGAACGUCGGGCUAGGUUUCAAGACUCCCCGAGAAGCAAUUGAAGGUACAUACAUCGAUAAGAAAUGUCCCUUCACCGGAAACGUGUCUAUUAGAGGGCGUAUCCUGAUGGGAACAGUUUACUGCACCAAGAUGACCCGCACCAUCACAGUCCGUCGAGACUAUCUCCACUUUGUUCCUAAGUACCAAAGGUACGAGAAGCGUCACUCCAACCUUUCAGCCCACGUUUCCCCAUGCUUCCGUGUGAAGGAAGGAGACAAGGUCAUAGUUGGACAGUGCAGGCCCUUGUCAAAAACUGUGCGCUUCAACGUUCUCAAGGUCAUCCCUGCAGGUUCCUCUGAUGGAGGAAGCAAGAAGGCCUUUGCAGCCAUUUGAGUAUGUAACCUUUUUUUUCACGACCUUUGCGGUCCGAGUUUUUAUACAGGAUGGCCAUUCAAUCG